UGGUACACGUUGCCAAGAACUUAUUCUAGAGGGACAGUUGCAAGCGCGGGACGAGCAUUUUCGAAGUUAAAAAUGAUAAAGAACUAUCUACGAAGUUCGAUAGAUUUAAGAGAAAACUCUGGAGGAAUAAAGGUACUGUUCACUGAGGUGGAACGGGAGAGAUAGAAUCAACUCUCAAGGAGCCAUUGACGUCUUCGCCGAGUAGAAGGCUCGCAAGAGAAGUCUUAAGUAACGGUGGAAAAUUUGGAAACGACCACAAUGGUUAUGUCAACACAGCUUAAUCCUGGAUUUGUUAGCUUCAGUGGAUCAACUUCUCCUGAAAUGGAUCAUUUGAAAUCCAUGUGUUCCCCAACGUUACCGUCAUUACCUUGGACAUCCAGUUUUAUGGAUUAUGUGACCGCAAGCUCAGCUCCAGCCGUAUCAACUCUCCGGCAAUCUUCUUGUUUCAUGCCAGCAGAGAUCCCUUUAAACGCCCCAACAGAAUUUUGCGAUUCCCAUAACGUCCUAGCCGACAGUAAAUCCAUGAUGUUCGGUUACUCCGUCUUCAGCUCCUCAUCAGGUGCCGUUUCCUAUUCUGGACCCUCAGAUCACGUGGUCUCGGCUCCACAGCCUAUGGACCCUACAGGUUGGUGGAGUAUGCAGCCUGCAGUGCCUCAGCUUCCCCCCACGUUUACGUGUGGACUCCCCGUUCAUCCAGGAGUCCCUAUCAUGAAGUCGGACGCUAUGUCAUUUGUGUCCAGACCUGCAUCUACCGUCUCCACGCGCCGAUGUCGUCGCUGUCGUUGUCCAAACUGCCAGGAAUCGAGCAUCAAUGGAACCAACAAGCGCAAACAACAUAUUUGCCACAUCCCAGGUUGUGGAAAAGUCUAUGGGAAAACUUCGCACUUGAAAGCCCACCUUCGCUGGCACACUGGGGAGCGGCCGUUCAUUUGCAACUGGCUCUUCUGUAGGAAGACGUUCACGCGCUCCGAUGAAUUGCAACGACACCUCCGAACCCACACUGGCGAGAAACGUUUCUCAUGCACCGAAUGCGGGAAAAGGUUCAUGAGGUCAGAUCACCUGAGCAAGCACGUGAAAACUCACGAGAACAAGCGCGGCAAAACCCAAGUUGUAGAACAGGCAGUUUCUCAUGAUCCAGUUAUUGAUGUGGAAAGUUUAGGCGAAAGUUGCGAGUCUUCCCUCCAGAUGUCACAGUUUAGUUACCCUGCAUCACAGUGAUUUGUAUAUCCUGUACAGUGGUAAAGUGCAAUUUUGUUUUUAAGUAGAUGUAAAUACUAAAUAUUUUGACUUUGUACAAAUAUCAGUAGAUGUGAUUGUUUAACUUUACCAAAGUAAUGUCAUGACUAUAUUGUGUGUAUGUGCGUAAAAAUGAUUAGUAAAUGUUAUAAA